AUGUAUUAUAUUUCAGAUCAAACUGUCGAUGACUACUAUUCACCUUCAGUACAAAUUACUAUUUAUCCAACGGAAGAAAAUAUUUAUGAAGGAAAUGAUGCAACGUUUAAUUGUCGUGCACGUACUUCUGACGGUGUCACACAUUCGGAAGUACGUUGGACACGUUACAAUGCACCAAUGCCUAAUUCAGCGUACGAAGUAGACGGACGUUUAAAAUUUUCAUCAGCCGUAUCGUCUGAUAGUGGACGAUAUAUUUGCUCAGCAAAUAUUGGCGGACGAACUUAUGAUGCAUCAGCUCAGUUAAAUGUACAACGUUAUGGACCACAAGAGUUCCAAAAUAUCCUACCACAAACCGGUUUAUGCCGGAUUGAUGAAAGAGCUUGCGGUAAUAAUGAAUGUGUUAAAACUGAUUAUGUUUGUGACGGUGAACCGGAUUGUCGAGAUCGUAGUGAUGAACAGAAUUGUCCAUCGUUACGUUCAUGCGAGCCAAAUGAAUUUAUGUGUACUAAUGGACGUUGUGUACAAAAAAUGUGGCUCUGUGACGGUGACGAUGACUGUGGUGACAAUUCGGAUGAGCAAGCAUGUAGUCAUCGAGCAGCAUCUGAUGGUUGCGCGACAAGUGAAUUUAAAUGUCGCGAUGGACGACAAUGUGUACCACUUAGCUUUCAUUGUGAUGGUACCAAUGACUGUCAAGAUGGAUCUGAUGAGAUUGGAUGUGUACAACCGACGAUUGUACAACCACCGGAAACGAAUAAGCAGGUGCAUGCUGGUGGUACCUUUCAGUUAACAUGUAAAGCGGUAGCUGUACCUGAACCAUACAUUAAUUGGCGUCUAAACUGGGGUCCUGUUUGUAAUCCACCAAGGUGUACACAACAUUCUGAGGGCGGUCUUGGUACACUUACAGUGAAAAAUGCUCAACCACUUGAUCAAGGUGCUUACACCUGCGAAGCAAUUAAUGUAAAAGGUAGAGUGCUAGCUACACCGGAUUGUAUCGUUCGUAUCGUUAAUAUUCCGGCUCCUGAAAUGCAAACACAGUGCAAUAUUGUCGGUUCUGUAAGUCCAAUUCCGGAUCAUACAGGUCGAUGUCAAUGUAAGCCAUUGGUAGUAGGUUUAAAAUGUGAUUCAUGUAGUCAAGGAGCAUUUCAUUUACAUGAAAAAGCACAACAAGGUUGUUUCAAAUGUUUUUGUUUUGGUGUCACUGAUCAAUGUCAAUCAUCUUCAUGGUACAGAACAAAAGACAAACUUAUUUUGAACGGUGAUUCACGAGGUGUUCAUAUAUCAGAUAUCAAUGGACAAAUACAUAGUUCACAAUUUGAUUAUAGUAAACCUGGAAUGGUAACAUUUAAUGAACCAUCAUAUCAAACAAUGUACUGGAAAUUACCAACACGUUUUCUUGGAAAUAAGCUAACAGCUUACGGUGGUGAACUUUCAUUUGAUAUACAAUAUUCAUGUCCUGGAUCUGUUAAUAAUGAACCAUUAAUUGUUUUGAGAGGUAAUGGUAUAACAUUGGUACAUCGUCCGAUUGAUACACAUAUGUUUACCUCUGAUCAAAUAAUCCGAUAUACCAUCAAUACAUUUGAAGUAAAUUUUGAAGAAUUAGAUGGUAGACCAGCAACACGAGAGAAUUUAAUGAUGGUACUUGCUAAUAUUGAUAUGAUGUUAAUUCGUGCUACACAUUGUUAUGGACAACAAUAUACAAGACUUGGUGAUAUUACCUGGGAAAUAGCAGUGAAUCGUGAUACACAAGAGAGAUUUGCUUUAGAAGUAGAGCAUUGUUCUUGUCCACCAGGAUAUACUGGACUAUCAUGUGAAAGUUGUGCACCAGGAUAUGAACGUUCACCACAAGGUCCAUACCUCGGUACCUGUAUACCUGUACAACACCGUGUACAAUGUUCAACAAGUGGUGCACGCAGCAUGCAUCCUGGUUAUGAUGGUAAAUGUCAAUGUAAAAUGUAUGCGAUAGGGACGUUAUGUGACCGUUGUCCAUCUAAUACUUUUCAUUUGUCACCACGAAAUCCGCAAGGUUGCAUUCCAUGCUUUUGCUCUGGUGUCACCCAACAGUGUACCUCUGCUAGUAGUUAUUAUCGAACUCAGGUAGCUAUCGAUUAUAGACGAGGUGCUACUGAUCAGUUGGAAAUUACAACCAGUGAUGCACAUAGUCCAUUUACACCUCAAUCACAAGCACAAAUAACAGGAAAUGAUAUAACAUUUGUAUCAUUUUAUGAAAUACCCGGGCAAACAUUGUACUGGAAAAUGCCAAAGCAAUUUUUGGGUAAUAAAGUUACCAGUUAUGGUGGUACAUUAAAAUAUGUCUUUCGUUAUUCUUGUACUGGACCAUUAAAUAUUGAUGCAGAUGUGAUCUUACGGGGUAAUGAUAUUUCAUUACAAUAUACAAAUCAUCAACCAAUUUAUGCUGAUCGUGAAAAUACAAUUGAAGUAGUUUUAUUCGAAGAUCAUUGGCAACGUAUGGAUGGACAGUUAGCCACACGUGAACACCUGUUGAUGGCAUUAGCUGAUCUCGAUAGCUUAUUAAUUAAAAUGAGUUAUACGGAUGAAUGCUCAUCGUCCUCAUUAAUUAGCGUUUCAUUAGAUUAUGCUGAACCGCAUGCAACUGGUGGUGAAGUUGCUUAUGAAGUUGAACAAUGUCAAUGUCCGCCCGGCUACAUUGGUACAUCAUGCGAAGAUUGCGCACCUGGAUAUUCUCGUACAGGUGGUGGAUUAUAUCUGGGUCUUUGUGAACGUUGUGAAUGUCAUGGACAUGCUUCACAAUGUGACAAAGAGCAUGGCUUCUGCUUGGAUUGUCAACAUAACACUGAAGGCGAUCAGUGUGAACGUUGUAAACCAGGAUUUACCGGUGAUGCACGCCGAGGUACACCGCAUGACUGUCAACCGGCAGCGACAAGACCGCCAUGCAUGUGUAAUAAUCAUUCACCGCGAGGAUGUGAUUCAUUUGGUCGAUGUUUGCUAUGUGAGCAUAAUACAGAAGGCUAUCAUUGUGAGCAAUGCAAACGUGGAUUUUAUGGUGAUGCAUUACGUGGUACACCAUUUGAUUGUACGCCAUGUCCGUGCCCUGGUACAUCAGAUUGCUUCUUAGAUACGUAUGGUCAAGUACAAUGUCGUAAUUGUCCAGCUGGUUUAACUGGACGUUUAUGUGAAGAAUGUGCACCAGGUUAUACACGUUCACGUUCACGUGCACGUAUUGACGAAGGACGUAUUUGUGAACCAAUUGGACAUGUGGAAGAAACAAAUAUCGUAUUUGUACCAACACCUGAAGGUGAUCGUAAACGUAAACGACGUUUUCGCUUGCAGCGUAAUCGCUUACAGCGAAAUCGCCGUUAUUAUCUUCAACGCAAAUCAUAUUAUUAA